AAAACGUGUUUCUGUACAACUUUGCUGCGGUUGUCAACAAAGAAAAGUGCAAGGAUCAUUUUGAUGAUGGCUGAGGAUGACAGAAGAGAGGAACUUCAUAGAAAGAUUAUAGAACAAGCCAAAAAGAAUAAAAAGUCACCACUGACUAUAGCUGUAAUUGGGCCACCUGGAGUUGGAAAAUCUUCUUUUAUCAAUACCAUAAUUACCUGUAUAACUGGAGAAUACAGACAGUGGGUGAAGACUGGACUUGGCGAAGGAGCAAUAACACUGCGUGCAAUUUGGGUACUUCAGAAGAGGUACAUGGAAUUUGCAGACGAAAACCUCCAGCAAUAUGUUUUUCCGGAUAUAUUAGACGUAGUGGGCUUUGAAGACUCUGAUGAUGACGUGACACGGAAGGCAACUGAGUUGUUAUUCUAUGUGAGAAUUCCCUCCGAUAUCCUUGUUCAUGAGGUUUUAAAGAAAAUGAGAACCAGUGGAACAUGGCCCGUGGAGAAAAUGUACCCAUUAACAGCGGAAUGUAAAAAAAUCGACAGGGUUAUUUUUGUUGCUUCUGCAGCAAACUCAAAUUUACCACUGGGGCUUUGUAACGCUGUAAGGACUGUAAUUUCGAAAAAAAAAAGAGUGAGGGGUAGUGUCGCACAAAACUACCUUCAAUACUCAGAAGCUGAAUUUUUGAAGAGAAAGGUUUAA